AUGCGAGAUGCUUUUCUUUCCCGGGAAAGCAUUGCCUCUGCCCUAAAAUCAUGUGGCGAUGGAAGAGAUCUGGCACGGGGCCGAGAGGUCCUUGCGUCUGCCGCGAUCGAUCUCUCCCGGGAUACCUUCCUUGCGAAUCUGGCAGUGGAGAUGUUUGGAAAGUGCGGGGAUCUGGAGGCUGCGUGGGGGAUCUUCGCUGGGAUCAGCAAUCGCAAUGUCUUCUCCUGGACGAUCAUGAUCUUUGGGUUUAGCGCAAGCGGCAAGAUCGAGCAGGCCAAGAAUGUCUUUGAUGCGGCACCAGAGCGCGAUGUGGUCUCCUGGAACACAAUCCUGGCAGUCUGUGCGCAAACUGGCGAUCUGGAUGGGGUGAUUGAGGUGUUUGAUCGUAUGCCGGAGCGCGAUCUAAUCUCCUGGAACACUAUGCUUGCAGCAUAUGCCCAGAAAGGAGAUCAUCACGCUCGUGGCGCUCGCUUGAUCUUCGCCCAAAUGCCAGAGCGCAAUCUCGUGUCGUGGGCGACGAUGCUCCAGGCUUGUCUUGCGGCAAGAGAUCUCGCCGCCGCCCUGGAUCUCUUUGACAAGAUGCCCGAACGCAAUGCUGUGGCAUGGACGAUCAUGAUCCAGGCGCUCGCACAGAGGGGCGAUGUCGCGGAUUCAAUCCAGAUUUACGAGUCCAUGCCCGAGCCCAGCGUCGUCUCCUCCAAUGCAAUCUUGGGCCUCCUUGUCGCGCGCCAUAAGCUGGAUAAAGCUCGGCACCUCGAGGAAGCAAGAUGGAUGCUGGAGAGUAUGCCCGAGUGGGAGCUAUGGACCUGGAACUCGCUCCUUGCGGGAUAUACCCAACAAGGGCAUCUGGGCCUCGCGCAAGAAAUCCUCGCUCUCAUGCCCGAGAGAGACAUCGUCUCCUGGAACUCCAUCCUGGCGGCAUUCUCCCACCGCGGGAAUCUCCAGGAAUCCAAGAGGAUCUUCCAGAGAAUGCCCGAAUGGAACGUUGUGUCGUGGACGUCGGUGAUCUCCGCGUGUAGCCAGUCCGGCGAUGGAGCGCAAGCGACUGAUCUCUUUCGUGAGAUGAUCCAGCACGGGCUUCUCCCUGACCAAGUUGCGUAUUUGAGUGCCUUGGUUGCUUGCAGCCACGCAGGGCGGCUUCGCGAGGGACACGAGAUCUUCGUUUCAAUGAGCGGCGACUGUGGAGUCAAGCCUCAGCCCAGACACUACUGCUCGAUGCUGGAUCUUUUGGGACGGACUGGGAGAUUGAGCCAGGCGAGAGAGCUCCUGGAAACCAUGCCUUACGUCCCGGAUGGCGCUGCUCGCCGGGGAUUUCUCGGCUCGCAAAGGAGUCGGCAUGGUUUGAGCUCGUCAGACUGCGCAGUUUUGGGAAGCAUUCUUGUUGCGGAAAAGGCUGUGCCAACUUGA